AUGGACACCAACGCUGUCACUGUUCAAGGCUCUGGUCACCCCAUUGGAGAAGAUGAUUGCAUGUUGAACUGUCUGCCAGAAAUGAAAAGCGUGUAUUCUGAGCAUUUUAAGCCUGUUCAAGACCAGCUGUCUUUGGUUCUUCAACACUCUCGGUCACAUUACAGGGCACUGGCGGGGCGAGAGAGCUUUGCUGGAUUCUUGAACGUACCCCUCAUAAGCGACACCCUAGUGAAGACAAUAGAAGUGAUGUUUGGAGCACCGAAACCUUGUGUGCUUCAGCUCCAGAACGACGAAGCCAGUGCCAAUAUUAAUUGGCUUGACGUUGUCAAGGAAAGGAAUUAUCAGGCCGAAUACAAAGGGAAUGGAAUUCAUCAUUUCCAUAUGCGGGACCGGGGCGUGAUUGUCCAGUUGUCUGCUUUCCAACACAACAUGAUCCUUUCAGGAUUACCCCGGAAGCUUGUUCAACCAUGGUCCUACGAAAGGGACGUACAGACAGAACUAAACACCUUGGCGCUGACAGCCGAAAUGACAUCACGGGUGAACCAAAUUGCAUCCGAAGUCAUCAAAGCCAAUAACACUGUGCUUGAAGAGGUACUAAGAAGAGAUCGAAUUCUCCGCCGCAAUCCAGAGCCAAGUCAAAGAUCGCCGGGCUCGCCCUUUCCCCUGGAAUCAGCCGAAGAGCCAGCAAUCUUUACGCCAGCGCAGGUUGACGCUGGUUCGCUCGAUGGGAUGACUAUUGAGACUCAAAGAACAGACGUGCAAGCCAGUGCUUCAAAACGCGAUGCUGGAACACAGAACUUCCCCAAAAAUAGGGCUUGGCCUGCGGAAAUAUUGAAGCAGCUUCCUCUAUGGUUCGAACACCAAGUGCAGGAGAAUCUGUCGGAGGAAGAGAUUGCCCGGAACUUUCACCGAACAUUCAAGCAAAAACGGACUUUUCAUGCUAUUGAGGCAAAAGUGUAUUUCUUAACAGGAAAAAGCCCUUUUAGGAAGCGCAAUAAGAAAGCCUCGCGCAAAAGACCUGUGGCUUUGACACCUCGCUCCUCCCCACCGCCGUCUCAACCCUCUGAAUCAGUGAAUUUCACCGAACAAUUGAUCUCGAGGUCGAACAUCGAGGUUCACGCUUUACGUCUAGCCUCGAACCUGCUACCCUAUCUGAAUUCUGAACACUGCGAGGAUGGAAGCCUUUACGCCCUCCAUGGUGUUCAACCGGCUGACCCUGAACCAGAAUCCAGUGACUUACAUGCAGUGCUUGAACAGGAUACUGCGAAUCAAAUGUUAAGGUUCCGGCACGUAUCUCAAGAGCAUGAACUACAGUCAGGUACAUGCCAGAAUGAAUGGCCAGUUCGAGAAAGCCUUCAGGCUGAAGAAUUGCCCAAAGACCAUCCAGUGUUCUCAGAUCUGGUGCCCGAAAGUCAGCCAAGGAAUGACAAUCCAAUCAAUGUCCUCGCAACAUCAGGGAUGGUUGAUUCUUGCUUCACUCGAAGCUCUCCCUUAGAACCCCCUCGGAUAUCAGAACCUUUCCAAUCUUCAAUCUGGCAUCCCUCUGAAGGUGAUACCACACUCGAAGAGCUAGGCCAAACGCUUAUUCAUCGUACUGAGUCCAGUGCAAGACACGUGGAACAGACAGACACGGCGCGUGGCAACAAACCAUCAAAGAGACUUUCUCCGCAAUCUUCAUCGCGUGGAAAUCCAUUGGCUAGAGGUUCAGCAAAUGGGGGUUCGAAUAAUGAAAGCCACCCUCAAAACUGCGGAAUUGAUGAGCCAACUAUCGAUAUCUCUGAAAGAGCUUUGACUGACGAAGGAUUGAUUAUAAUAUGUCUCCAUGAGAAGUCUAAAGCACAGGCGGCGCGUUCUCAUCCCAAUUGGAACGAUAAGGACCUGAACCGUUUACUAGGGUGGCACAUGAAACGGAAAAACCUACCAAAGGAGAGACUUGAAGUGGAGUUUCUGAGAGACUUUGGCCACUAUCGAUCUUCUUCUGCUAUCGUUACAGCUUGUCGCAGAAAAAGAAAGGCAGAUUCUCGCCAUAAAGAUGUAACCUCAGCCCCCACUCCAGGUCAACUAGCUCCAGUUGUCCCUGCCGUUCUUGAUACUAUGCGGGUAUCACGAUCACCCAACGCCAUCAUUGGAUCCGACACUCCCAGCUUGGAUCCAUCCCAUACUAUAGCUAUACCGAGCAAUGAGAAUACUACAUUUAAGCAUCCACCGUUGGAGCGACCUCGAUCGCCACAACCCAAUCAGCCGCAGGUUUUAAACAACACAGAGAGACUUUCUCGCAACAGUCCUCCACCAUUGAAUGAGGGCGAAGAAGCAAUGAAUCAAAAUCCACCGACUGCUGUUGCUUCCGAAUGCGCUUCUGAACAGAUGGUGUUUUCAACACCUCCUGAGAAUGUCGAUAAUACUUCCACAUUGGGCACUAGAUGCCAUCGAGUUGAAAUCACGCCAAACCCUCCAGCUAGGUUUAGAGCAAUUAAUGGCUGUAACGUCCAUCCCAUUGAACCGAACAUAAGCGAAAUGACUCCGCUCGCUCAGAUGGGAACCAAUGAGCGAGACGCUCUACCUCAAACAUCGAAAGAAAAUAUUGCCGAGCAAAAAAGGAAUGAUCAAAAUGUGUCGUCACAGAAAAUAAGGUCCCAGAGUGGAAGAGGAUGCCCCAACCAGCCUACCCUCGAGAACGUGCAGACAGGUUCACAUUACUCAGGGUUGUCCACCGGAACACCCGAAGGAGCUGGGGACCAACCGUCAGAUUCUACUGGUAUUUCGGACGCCAACAUUCCACAACUGGAAAUGCGCCCAAAUUUGCAGAAUACGUCGCAGCCUCAAAUACGAGAUAUCAAUAUCCCACCCACAAACAUUCCCCAGCCCAGUUACACACUAAUCCCAAAUUGCCCGUCCAACUCCAAAGUUUCAUACUCUGGACCAUCCCAUUACUACACGCCCAAUUCCCAAUCUGGGGUUUCCCAAUCUAUCGGUGCAUCAGGGAUGGCUCACACAGGCGGUUCGUUCAUACUCUAUACUCGUGAUUCCAUGCAGUCCUGA